UGCGUCCACUCCUUCAGAACAUAAUGUGUGGCAGACCACAGUGAAUCUGUGUAACAAAUUUGUAAUUUCUGAUGAUAAUUCAUAUUGAAAUGUAUACUUCUGACUUCACCCAGAUUUGCACUGGGUUGGCUUAAGCACAUGCCUCCAGUAUUGCUGUCAACGAAGCUGCAAGUGUUUUCUGUGCUGUUGCAUGUGUGACCUCAAACUUUCUCCUGUUCUGUCAGUGGUCUCAAAACCUAAUUUUGGAGUUGCAUACAACCUGUGGAAGCUGGCUGCUUACACAACUAAAUAUAGGCAAAAUCUGCUCUGAAGCUUAAAAUACCCUGUGGCCUUUCACAGUAGUUAUGCAAAUAGGGGUGAAAGUGUUAUCUGGAGGAUGCGUUUUGCUGUUUUACUUCCCAUUGAAAGUGCAGAAUCAUGGUGAAGCCCGAUUGCCUGCUAUGCUCCUAGUAAGUUCAUCUGAAAGGCAGAUAAGUUUAUAAGCUAAUGUUUCUGGCACUUCAACAAAGAUGUUGGUGUUCUGCUUGUCAGUGAUGAUCAAGCUUUUCUUCCAGUUGGAUGCAUCUAUUUGUCCUCAGAAGUGCAACUGCUCUUCAAAAAACGCAGUUCAUUGCUCUGGUCCGCACAUCAAAGACCUGGAAUCCUUAAAUCUGCCUUGCAAUAUGACAGAAAUUCACAUAACGGGCACUAAUGUAACAUACUUGCAGGGUGUUUUUUCUAGGAUGAUGGAACUGCAGCAUCUCAUCUUGUCUUCAAACAACAUCUCUCUGAUUUCACCAGUGGCUUUUAAAGGCCUGAGAAGGCUAAAAGCCCUCAAACUGCUAGAGAAUAAGCUGGUCGAACUUCCCGCAGAAGUGUUUGAUGACAUGGUACAGCUUCAGCAAUUGAUCAUUGAAAAUAACAGGUUGAAAUCCAUCGAAGAAAACCUGUUUGACAAACUAGCUAGUUUGGAGGAGCUUUACUUGAACAAAAACCAACUAACAGCACUUCCCAGUGGUGUGCUGAAGAAACUUGCCAAACUCAGAGUACUGAACUUGUCAAGAAAUUAUUUGGCAGCACUGCCUAGAAAUAUAUUUAGUGCACUAACCAGGCUCGAGAAGCUGAUGCUGUACUUUAACAGGCUGUCUUCAAUAGAGUCUGGUAUGUUUGAUAGCCUGAAGGAGCUGAUGGAGCUCUUCCUGCAUUCCAAUAACAUCCAAUCCAUUGCCCCUGAUGCAUUUUGUUGUCUUCAUAAACUGAAAAGCCUAACACUUUCCAGGAACAAGCUUGAGGUUUUGCCCUCUGGGCUCUUUCUGCAUUUGCAUGACCUGUCUAAAUUGACCUUGUACAGGAACCCACUGAAGUCUCUUCCGGAAGUAUUGUUCGGAGAAAUGAGGCAUCUUGGUGGCCUGUGGCUGUAUCACACAAAGCUCUCAACAAUACCAGAUUUUGUGUUCAGUAACUUGACAAAUUUAGAGCUUCUUGUGCUGAGUUUUAAUCCAGAGCUUAGUUUUCUUCCUAAGAAUGUAUUCAGUGGUCUGAAUGAACUGCGGGGCCUUUCUCUGCAUACAAAUAAUAUUUCCAGUUUGCCAGAGGGCAUCUUCCUGAGCCUUCAGAAACUGCAGAACAUUUCUCUUUUUGAUAAGAGGCUUGAGAUUCUUCCUAGAAACCUCUUUCAUAAUCUCAAGCACCUUCAGAAAGUUUACCUGAAUAGCACUAAGCUGCAAUCUCUUCCUGGAGACUUCUUUACUGCUUUACCUGAGCUGCAAGAAGUCUUCCUUGACGACAACCCUUGGAGAUGCGAUUGCCAAAUUCUUGGUUUCAGAGAGUGGCUCCUCAAGAGCAUGGAGAUAGUAAAAAAUGUGCCAUCUCUAAUGUGUCAGAGCCCGCUGGCACUACUGAAUAUUUCUCUUGUGGCUCUAACAGCUGAGCACCUGAACUGCCCACCAACCACAGCUAUUACAUACCAGACGUCCAGCUCAGCUUAUUCCCGGACUUUGACUUCUCUUGUGAUAGAGCACUUAACAUCUUGGAAGACUGCAGUGCCCGACAUGGAUACCAGACCACCCACAUCAAUUCCUCUUGCAACCCCAGGUUUCACCUACUCACGUCUUGAAGAUGUUGGACAGCAUAGGUUUCAUUUGUCAGAAGUUCCAAUCCAAACUUCACCCAGUGCCAUUGUACAAACCAACAGUGUCAGAGGAACAGAUUUAACUACUCUUGCCCGGUUGGAUGAGAUACCAGCCCGCAGAAGUGCUAAACCCUAUUUUAAUACCAGAGUUGCAUAUUGUCAGUUGUUCUUGUGCCUUUACAGUUUGAUUUUAACCCUCCAGACUGUAACCAUUGUGCUCAGUCUGUAUGUGAUGGGUAAAACCAGGCAACUCUUGCACUCCAGAAAUACUCCUAUUCAGCCUGUAGUUCUGAUAAAAUUUUUGAGAAGAUGAUAGAGAAUACCAGCUGAAGAGAGGAUUAGAAGCAUCGUUUGGAUGCAUUUUGAGCAUUUGGGCAGUUGACACUUCAUUCACUUAUGGAUUACAAAUCUUCAUACAAAGAACCAAAAAGACCUUGUUUUUACAGCAUAAUGAAAACGUGCUUUUAUUUAGCUUAGUGUUUGCUAAAAGUGGCUGUAAACACCAUAUAUUGCUACAGCACUUGGUGUGUGAACCCAGAGGGAGAGUGAAAGAAGAUCUGUGGUCACCUCUAUGUGUGUACUACAUGUUACCUGCAUUGGACUGGAGCCCUGUCCCUGCCAGGCCCCGUUGCAUGCUGUCAUGCUCAUGCUGCUCACAUGGACAUGGCAUCAAUGUAGGGAAAUCCACAUAAGAACACGGCUUUAACCAUGCUUUAAAGGUUAUCUGUAAUACUCCAAAAUGUUCCUUAUACUACCUGCAAUGUUUUGCCUAUUGGGAAAGCAAAGGGGAUUUUGGGGAAGAAAUGCUGGAAAAGACCUUUUAAAAAUACAGCUGGGGGCUGAAUGGUAUAGUGCAAGUGUCUUAGUUUUUGCUUUAUGUCCUCAGACCCUUUCCGGGACACGGCAGAAGUAAGGGGUACCAUUUAAAGCUAAUAGCGCUUUCCGCUAGCUUAACUAGAGGAAGGUAAGUAAGGUGCUGGGCUAGGAAACAGAAACUUGAUCUAUUUUGUUUGUUUAUAAACUUUGUAAAGUGACUUAGCUUGUACUUAAAAACUCUGAUGUUGUACUUAAAAGCCUCUGGAAGUGGAUCUGUGGCUCUUUGGGCAGGAGACACUAUACUCCAGGAGUCCUUUUGUAGCCUUACAGACUUUCUGAUUAUUGAGGUCUUUCCUGGAUGGCCUUGAAAUGGCACAUUACAAGCCUGGGGUAAAGGGAACCUGCAUAUGCUGCAGGUCUGUGGCUUGUUCCCUGUUGUGUGCUACUCUAGGCUGUGCAUUGUUCUACAGACUGCUUUGUUUCAGGGUGCGCUGCUACUGGACUUGAAUUCCUCUUCUAAGCUGUGAAAGGAGACAGUAUGCUUCUGUGGUGUUAAGUAACUGUUGUCUUGCUGGUGUGAGGUUUAAUAAAAUUUAGCAAACCUG